AUGUGGAGAGAGCGCCUCACCCUGGGACUGCUGUUACGUUUGGGCAUUCUGCUCACUGGGCUGGCCGUGUGCCUUCAUGUUUACCUGGAGACAGGCUGGCAGGAUGCCCGUGGACCCCUGUCUCUGGGACUUCCUAUCCAGUCUAAUCAAAAUCCAGGUCAACAAAACAGAAUGAGCACAGAGCCAGAGGAGCAGAACAAAGGCAUCAGGAAGAAAAUGUCUCAUGUCUCAUCUCACAUUCUGAGGAGGGACAGUCACCGGCACAGGAAGACCCCACGUUGGCGCAUAGAUCUGCAGCCAUGGGCCUCUGAGAACCAGUCCCUGGAGGAGGAAGCCAGAAGGUUCCUGAACUACAUCACGACCCCACAAGUUUCAUGUGCAUCAACGGCUGGAAAUGGAUCUUCCCUGGACAGGUCCAAGAGCGAGUGGGUCGUGUGCCUGGAUCCAAAGUACAGCCUGGUCCAUAGGAUGCAGAGAAAACACUGCAGAGUGUACUCGUUUGGGUUGGGACCGAAUGAACGCUUCCUGGAGCACUUUCUUGCAGAGUCAGGCUGUGAGGUCCACUGCUUUGAUCCCAGCCUGAAGGAGCCUCACCAACAGGAAGCUGAAAUGUGGCACCACCGCCUUUCUGUGGACUGGAGGGAUCCCAAUCCAGCUUUUUCAGCCCAACGUCAGCAUGCAACCACUAAGAAACUGGCCACCAUUCUAAAUGAGUUUGGACACCGAGAGCUGGAUGUCCUGAAAGCAGACAUGGAGAGUGCAGAAUGGAAGAUUCUGGAGAACCUGGUCCUGGAGGGAGUGCUGGACACGGUGGGUCAGCUGCUGCUGGAGAUUCACCUGCACUGGGCUGGUUUUGAGGUGGGGGGGGAUGACCCGGCUGUGGUGCGGUACUGGUUCAGCCUGCUCAAGGAGCUCGAACGUGCCAAAUUCCACCUUUUUCACGCCUACAGCGACCCAAUGAAACCUCAUCUGUUUCUUCACAAGAACGUCCUCAACGCCAGCAGCGUUUACACUUUGAGCUGGGUAAACACCCAGUGGAACCCUGCAAGGAUGCUAGACAAACCUAAGAAAUAA